CCCCCCACCUCAUCUCUCUGACGCUAUUUCCGGAUCAAGAUGGCGUUGAUAGAUUUGCUGAGCUGUUCCCCGUUCGGAUUGAACUCCAAGUCGAUCCCGGGGCUGGAGCCGGGACUGGGCCUGGGCCUGGGCCUGGGCCUGGGCCGGAACCGGGGCCAGGAUCUGGAUUUCCUCGUCCGCCCGGGAGACGGGGGCGCGGAGGGCGGGAGCGGGGAGAAAAUCGAAAUUUUACACGGGACAACAACCCUGGGAUUCCGGUUCGACCAUGGGGUGAUUGUGGCAGUGGACUCCAGGGCCACCGCUGGCUCCUAUGUGGCAUCCCAGACGGUGAAGAAGGUGAUCGAGAUCAACCCCUACCUCCUGGGCACUAUGGCCGGCGGUGCUGCCGACUGCAGCUUCUGGGAGAGGCUCCUAGCUCGCCAGUGCCGCAUCUACGAGCUGAGGAACAAGGAGAGGAUUUCGGUGGCUGCCGCCUCCAAGCUGCUGGCCAACAUGGUCUACCAGUAUAAGGGCAUGGGGCUGUCCAUGGGCACCAUGAUCUGUGGCUGGGACAAGCGUGGGCCAGGUCUCUAUUACGUCGACAGUGAGGGCAAUCGGGUCUCGGGGCAGGUCUUCUCGGUGGGCUCGGGUUCGGUGUACGCAUAUGGUGUGCUGGACCGAGGCUAUCGACACGACAUGAGCCCCAUGGAGGCCUAUGAGCUGGCCAAGCAGGCUAUCUACCACGCCACCUACCGGGAUGCCUACUCGGGAGGAAUAGUCAGCCUCUACCACGUCAAGGAGAGCGGCUGGGUGCACAUCUGCCGCGAUGAUGUCAUGGAUCUUCAUCAGAAGUACAAACAGGAAUGUGCUUAGCUUGCAUCUGGGGCCGGGUGCGGUGGGGGUGGGGAGGGGGAUGGGUCAGCCUCAGGUGUCGAUAUAUGGGUGUGGGUGGGGGGAGGGAGGUGUGCAUUUGGCAACGAUGGAUCCGUGGAAUUGCUUUCCCACCUUUGCUGUUUGCCGCUGUUCAACUGUGGGAGGGUGACAGGAGGAUCUUGACUGUCUCCCUUACUCGCCUGCGCUGGUCGGAGCUGUUCAACCUGGGGAGCAGAGGUGGUCUCGUUUCCUCCUGCACAGCUGUUCUGUAAACAGUCAAGCAGGAGAGGCGAUAGGACCCUCUCGUUCUCUUCCUCCCCACUCCAAGCUCACAGCUAUUCGGUGGAGAUGUGGGGGGGGCGGGGGGGAUGUCUUGGUCAGACCCGGCUUAUCUGCUUUCACUGUGUCUCAGUAAGUGGGUAGUGGGGCAAAUGCGGUCUCUCAAGUCCCUUUGUACCCCACUCCUGCAACCUAGCUUUCAAUGAAGUGUGGGAGCAGGUGUUUGGGUUGGGAAUGGCAAUGGAUCUGAGUGAAGAUAGGCAGGCAGUGAGGGGGGAGAUGUUUCUCCAAUGUAUCUUUCUGGGGAGAGGCACAAGAUCCAUUAAACCAAGACUUGGGCAUUUCCCAGUCAUUUCCUUCCCACCUUAACAUUGACCUUUUGUAGUUGUGUUUUCUUGUUUUGAUUGACCAAUAAACUAUUACAUUUAAUUCUC